AUGGAAGAGGGUAAAAUCGUUUUAAUUGGGAAUGAAUCAGAUUUGCUUCAUUGUGGUUACAACCACGCCAUCAAGGAUUCUGGUAGAAGGUAUCCUAGUGCCAUUCAUUACACCCAUUGCAUGAUAUUGUCUCAGUUAAAUGUGAACGAAUCAGCUGUAGAUGAAUUAUUGUGUACGCCCAGCGAAGAAGUUCCUGAGCGUGCUCAGAAACUUUUACUGGAGAACAUGCCGCAUGGUCACGAUAUGAGCAGUUUAGCAUCUUAUCUACAUGGCAGUAGGCAGUCAUACACAAUGCAAGGAUUACGAUUACGAGUAGAACAAGAUAAAGAGUUCGAACGUACUUUAAUGGAUACAAACGAAGCUUUAUUAAUUGUUUGCGAUGGGAAAGAUAGAGAACUUGGAAUUGGAAUGGAUGAAAAAAAGUUCAUGGAUUGGAUGGCCAAGGAAAAAGCUGAUUCGAGACAAAUUGGAUUCUGGAUGAAAAAUGACCAGAGUCGCCCAGCAGAGUUGGGACAAAAUCAGUUAGGGUUCUUUCUCAUGUGGUUACGAUACGAAGUGAAGGAACUUCGGAAAUCUCAACUUCUUACUCGCGAAGUAUGCCAAGUUGAUGGAUUAUCCAGCGACAAAGAUGACAAUCCUGUUCAAAUCAGUGUCAAUGAUCUCGUGAUCUCACUACAGGGUAUCUUUCGCCCACUCAGUAAUUAUUACUCAUUCCCGUUUGAAAUGAAGGGAGAGCGAUAUAGAUCUGUUGAACAUUAUGCUUAUGAAAAGCUUAUAAAUUCAUUAAAACUUGACGAUAAAAUAGUGGAAAAAAUUCAAACGACCGUUUCGCCUCUAGAUGUUCCUGUUGUCGCAGAAAAAAUUUUCAAAAAAUUCAAUGUAUCGGUAGAAGUAAUUACUGAAAAAAUUCCAAAAAUGGAUAGGUGGAGACAAUCUGCGAUGAAACACAAAAUCAUGCAUAACGAAUAUCUUCAACAGCUUCUGUUGAGUACUGGGGAUUCGAUUCUUAUCGAUUGUGCAGAAGGAGAUCCUUUGUGGACUUGCGGUGGUAGCGAAGCUGAAAUACAACGUCUCCUCACGAAAAACUAUGUGAAUCCUGUGAAACUGAUUGAUUGGAUGCGCGGUGACAAAGAUGGAGCUGUGCCAAAAUCUGUACGGCAUUUACAUGGAAACAAAUCGUGUAUUCUACUGAUGGAGUUGAGGGGAAAACUUGCAGCUGCCACACAAAGCAGAAUUCCGUUGAUUUCCCCUAUAAACGCUCAGCCACUCAGCGCAAUUGUCUCAGCAAAUGUGAUUUGCUUUACCGCUGAAUCUGUGUGGCAUCCACUGUAUCCAGCUGAAAUUCGUAUUGCUCCAGAUCAACCACUUCUACCUAGUCCUGUUCAUUAUGUUGCUAUGCAAGCAGUCAAGUUCUUGGGAAUGAAUAAAGAGGAUAGUGAUUACGUAAUGGGAACAACAUCAUCACUUGAAUGCUGGUCAAGACUUCAUGAGGUUAUCGAAUCGAAGGGAAGAGGCCUCGAACGCGAACAAAAUUGGUGGAUGGAGAAACGACAGCAGGCGAUCAAAGAAUCGCUGCAACUGCUUCUCGAACAGCAUCCGCCGCUUCUUCGAGCUCUGCUUGAUACCGGUGAUGCUCUGUUGGUAUACUGCUCGAGAUUUUCUUCAAUCGAUGCAGAACUGAGCAUUGGAAUGAGGGAAUGUGAUUUGAGGGUGUGGUUGCGCGAAACAGAAGUUACCACAAAACAGAUGAUUGAAUUGUGCUGUCGACCAAUGGCUUUCCGACCUGCUUAUUUGGGUGGAAAUCGACUUGGAUUAAUUUUGAUGGAAUUACGCCGAGAAUUCGUUUUGAAAGGAGUUUUCCCACAAAAUUUACCCCAGCUUCCAUUAAGUGUGGAAGCCAUUUUGGGAACCGAUUCGCCAACCGAAAAUAUGAUGACUAUGGAAUAUUUUGAUAUUCUACACCCUCAAAAUUAUACGGCUCUUUGGAUUAACCCCCUGUUUCUACUUGCCAAAAAUGGAAAUCAAGAAGCGAUGUCGGCAUGCACAAUAGUCAAGCAGCCACCAAGAUUAGUUACUGUAGACGAUGAAAAGAUUACCCAUAUUGUUGAGAGAUUGUCUCAUGGCGAUGGAACUUCGCUAGAAGAAACUCAGUUUUUGAACAACAUUGCUCCAGAAGACCUAAGAGCUGUGUUUAUGAAGUAUUGUCAAAAAUUGAAAAUGUAUAUGGAUUCACUCGAGAAACAGAAUAUGGAAAUCCAUAUAACAGCGGCGGAGACUAAUCGGCUUCAAGCUAUCCGUAGGAGUUUAACAGACACGAAGGAGAAAGAAAUGGGAGCAACUUCAUCAGCUCCACCGCGUAUAAAUCUACCUCUAAAUCAUUCUAUUCCGCCCAGAAUUGCCGCCGGUCGCAAUUAUGGCAGCGAUUCGGAUGAUCUCGAAGAAGCUCCCGUUAAAUAUGUGCCUGUUCGAAAAGAACGCCAGGAAUAUAAGAUUCCGACAAUUCGAAAACCUUUUGCCAAAGAUAGAGAUAAACGCGAGGAUCGAAAAACAACUACGGUAAAUACUCGAAAAGAGGAACCACGAAAAAGGCCUCUUUCUCCGCCAAAACGAGCAGCACCUGCGCCGGAAGUCAAAAAGAAGCCGACGCCUCCAGCAGUUCCUCCGAAGCCGAAGCGAAGGCCGGAUGAAGAAUUAUCCGAUGGUGAAAUUCUGUCAUCUGAUGAAGAACAAUAA